AUGAGAUCUGGAACAGCGAGGGAUGUUUGGACCUUAUUUUGGGGUCCUGCGCUGUUUCUCUCCACCAUCUGCCUGUGGUGUGCCCGUGGAGAAGUCUGUGGUCCUCAUAUUGAUAUCCGCAAUGACAUCACUGAGUUCAAGAAGCUGGAAAACUGCACGGUGGUGGAAGGCUACCUGCAGAUUCUCCUUAUUGGAGACAAGAACAACAACCUCAACCAGGAACACUUUCGCACACUGUCCUUCCCCAAGUUGACCAUGGUAACGGACUACAUUCUCCUGUUCCGUGUCUCCGGUCUGGACAGCCUGAGUGUGCUCUUCCCUAACCUCAACGUCAUCCGAGGACGCAAUCUAUUCUACAACUACGCCCUGGUCAUCUUCGAAAUGACCAGCCUGAAAGAUAUCGGUCUGUAUAACCUGAGGAACAUCACCAGAGGGGCCAUCCGAAUCGAAAAGAACCCAGAGCUGUGCUACUUGGAUUCGGUUGACUGGUCACUCCUUAUGGAUGCAGAGUUUAACAACUACAUCGCUGGAAACAAGCAGUCCAAAGAAUGCGGAGAUGUUUGUCCAGGCAUCAAUGAGGAUAGACCGCAUUGCAUAAGGACCAGUUUCAAUGACAACUACAGUUAUCGCUGCUGGACCUCUAACCACUGCCAGAAAG